CUACCAACAUUUCUGACCUUUCGACGUCCUCCAUCUGUUGAUUCCCCAAAAUGGAACAGAAGACAUGGGUAAUGCUUGGUAAGGGACCUAAGUCCUCAUGGAUCACUUGUCUUUGCGAAAAAACUCAUCGCAAAUGGCAGAGAACAACCCCGAUGUAAUGAACCAAUUGGCAACGAAGUUGGGUCUAUCGUCCGAGCUCCAGUUCUACGACGUCUAUUCCCUAGAUGAACCCGAACUACUCGCAGAUAUCCCCAGACCUGCCUUGGCUCUACUGGUCAUCAUUCCACUUACAUUAGCUUGGGAUCGAAGUCGCAAGGCCGAAGACGCUAACAAAGAACCCUACACUGGCUCCGGCCCUGACGAGCCGGUCAUCUGGUUCAAGCAGACCAUCGGCCACGCCUGCGGCUCGAUCGGUCUGCUCCAUAGCGUGAUCAACGGUCCGGCCGUCGACUUUAUCAAGCGUGAUUCCGAUCUCGCAGUGAUACGAAGCCUCGCCAAACCGCUGGAUAUGACCAAACGCGCCGAAAUGCUGUACAACAGCGAGCCAUUCGAGCUUGCUCACAAGUCGGUCGAGCUGGCCGGCGACAGCGCUGCGGAUCUAACGGGUGAGCGUGAGGGUGGGCAUUUUGUGAGUUUUGUCAAGAGCGGUGGGAAGCUCUGGGAGCUCGAAGGGUCGAGGAUGGGUCCUCUGGAGAGAGGAAGUCUUGCUGACGACGAGGACGUUCUAAGUCCGCGAGCGCUUGACAUGGGCAUCAAGAGGAUUAUCAAGUUAAACGCGGAAGGAGGAGGAGAGGACCUUCUUUUUAGCUGUAUUGCUUUGGCUCGCAGGUCUUAGGCUCGGACUAGGAACCGGCAUACGCAUUACGGAUAUGCUAUGCUGUAUUCGGAGCAUCUAAUAAGAUUCGAGAAGACACUCUCAUUACGUCGUUACUUCUGCCAUAUGCUUUAGUAAUAAUCAGUAUGUAAUGCGCAAGACAGUCAAUCAAAGCCACGAGUACUAGCGAAGCAAUAAGGCAUCUGAAGUUGCGCUCAGCCUGGCCGCGGCAACUACAUUGGCUUAUUGGGACUUA